AGUGACGCAGCCGGCUUGGAGCUCGCGGGAAAAGCGCGCGGGCGCGGGGUUUUCAAGCUUCCAGAGGAGGUGAAUCUGGGUCGUCAUGAGCCUCUGGGUGGACAAGUAUCGGCCCACCUCCCUGGGGAGGCUGGAUUAUCACAAGGAGCAGGCGGCUCAACUGCGGAACCUGGUACAAUGCGGGGAUUUCCCUCAUCUCUUAGUGUAUGGACCAUCGGGUGCUGGGAAAAAGACAAGAAUUAUGUGUCUCCUGAGGGAACUAUAUGGAGCUGGAGUGGAAAAGCUAAGGAUUGAACAUCAGACCAUCACAACCCCAUCUAAGAAGAAAAUUGAAAUCAGCACAAUUGCAAGUAAUUACCAUCUUGAAGUCAACCCUAGUGAUGCUGGAAAUAGUGACCGGGUAGUAAUUCAGGAACUCUUGAAAACAGUGGCACAAUCACAGCAACUUGAGACAAGCACCCAAAGAGAAUUUAAAGUGGUUUUACUGACCGAAGUUGACAAACUUACCAAAGAUGCUCAGCAUGCCUUACGUAGAACUAUGGAAAAAUAUAUGUCUACUUGCAGAUUAAUACUGUGUUGUAAUUCUACAUCAAAAGUAAUACCACCUAUUCGGAGUAGGUGCCUUGCAGUUCGUGUUCCUGCUCCCAGCAUUGAAGAUAUUUGCCAUGUGUUGUCCACUGUGUGCAAGAAAGAAGGUCUCAAUCUUCCUUCAGAGCUGGCUCAUAGGCUUGCAGAGAAAUCCUGUAGAAAUCUCAGGAAAGCCCUGCUUAUGUGUGAAGCCUGCAGGGUGCAACAGUAUCCUUUUACUUCAGAUCAAGAUAUCCCUGAGACAGAUUGGGAAGUAUAUCUGAGAGAGACUGCAAAUGCUAUUGUCAGUCAGCAGACUCCUCAAAGGCUACUUGAAAUUCGUGGACGACUUUAUGAGCUAUUAACUCAUUGUAUUCCUCCUGAAAUAAUAAUGAAGGGCCUUCUCUCAGAACUUUUAAAUAAUUGUGAUGGACAACUGAAAGGUGAGGUUGCACAGAUGGCAGCUUACUAUGAACAUCGUCUUCAACUUGGCAGCAAAGCCAUUUACCACCUUGAAGCGUUUGUGGCAAAGUUCAUGGCGAUUUAUAAGAAGUUUAUGGAAGAAGGAUUAGAAGCCAUGAUGUUCUAAAGUCUUUCAAUCAGUAGCACUUCCCAGCAUGUCCUAACAUUGAUGUUUUUCAUAUACAAUUUAUGUUGGUAGCACUAUGGGUCAAAUAAAUUCAUAUUAAUCAUCCUGUUUUUUUAAUAUUAGUACCCGUGUGAAGUAUUUGUCAUCAUCUAGAAAUAAAACAAUUGCUUCUAGACCAUGUAGUCUAAUGGAAGCCUAUAACUAUGGUGUAAAAAAGCCAGGGUAAUGAUCCUUUCUACUAUUAAUAAAUUGUUACAUGACAUUGAGUUAGAUGUGAAUUGUUUUGUGUUCCUUGAUUUUAUUAGCCUACUCUUGCAGGAGGAUUUAGCCUUGAAUUUUGGCUCUGCCAUUUGCUAUCUGUGCGACAUUGGUCAAGUCACUUAAUCUCUCUGAGGCUUGACUUUCUUUUUAAUAAAAUGAUGGGGUUGAACUAUCUGACCAUCGUUUUCUGGCAUAUCAUUAUUUAUCAUGGCUAUGUGAGUGUUUGCAAGCUAGGACUAGUCACUGAACCAAUAUCUUGUAUUUUUCCCUGGAUGAAGAAUUAGAACUUUGUGGUAACAGGUAAGAAUUGACAUCUAAAUUGCAAAAAAAAAAUGGCAUUUAUUAGCAGUAGAGUGGAUUAUGGAAAAGUUGAGUGUAUGGUUGCCAAUCUAGACUAUAAAAAAGGAGCAGAGAUUGAAAUAGAUCCUUAAAGAUUCAAGUUUGUAUUAUUUAGCUAUUUAGUAGUUGAUUUGCAUUUUAAAAACUGGUAAAAAUGACAUGAUACAAAUAUGAAACAUUGCAUAUAAUUAAUUUUUUUGGUUCAGAAUACAUUCCAAAAGAGGUGAAGUUUUAGAAAUAUAUUUUUUAGAAGUGUUUGCAAGCUUUGCCCUGUACAACAUUUUUCUUAAUAAUUUAAAUGAAAGUAUAGAAAACAUGCUGAUUGGUGACAAAACCGGGGAUGGAUUUAUAAGACUAACAACAGACUCGGGAUUAAAAAAAGAACUUGGUAGACACAGCUAAAUCCCAUGAAAUGAAAUUAAAGAGUGAUAAAAACACAAAGUUCUAUAAUCAAGUUUUUAAAAUCAAGUAACUUAAGAACAUGAUAGGAACAUGCUUGGCAGAAGCUCGUGUAAAGGGUGAAUUGAAGAUUUUAGCUGACUAUCAUGUGGCUGUUUUUUUAAAAGUCCAAGGCAGCUUUAGGUUACAUUAAUAAAGAUAUAUUUUCCACUUGAUAUGGGUAAAAGUCAUACUGUACUUGGUGCUAGUCAGACCACAUCAGGAGUACUGUGUUUAGUAUGGGUUGUUAUACAUGCUUUAUGGAGUUUGGAGGGAAUCCAGUAUGGUGAGGCUGCUGGAAACCACUUCUUGAAGAAUGUUGGAGAGAACCAGGAAUGAUUAAAGAAAAGUAGGGAAAGAUGAAAUUCAAAUAUUUUGAGAACUGUCACUUGAAAGUAGAAGUAAGCAUUUUUUAUUCAGAGAUCAAAACUAGGACCAGCUAUAAAGAAAAGCUUUCCAGUAAUUAGAACUGUUCAAGAAUAAAGUUAGAAUAUCUUCGGAAGAUGGUAGAGGGAGAAGUUUCCUAAGUGCUAAUCCCACCGCUCCCCCCAACACCUCAUACACACCAUGUCAAUGUAAGUAAAAAAAAAACAAAACAAAACUGCAAAUUCAGAAAACAGUAAUGACAAAAGAAUAGUAAAAGAAUCUUCUGCAAUUUUGUAAGGCAACUCUUACAGAAAAAAUAAGCAAAGACCAAUUCCCUGGCUCAUUCCAGAAGCUUUCACCUAUGCUAUGCACAGAAUGACCUUAGAAUCCUUAUGGCUGCUUAAUCUUAGACACUUGCCUUUUGGAAUUUACCCCUUUGCUGUUUUGUAAGAACAUUCCUGUUCCAAGGAUAUCUCCAGGAUAAGUAGGACUGAUGGCUCUGGGGCACUCCUGGAACAUCUCCCCUGCUUUCCCAACUUCCUUAGUCCCUACACUGGCAUGAUGUCACCCUAUGAUACAAGAAGCUGCUUUGAUUUUAGGUACCUGGCUGUCAGAGUUAACCCUUGGUUGUUUCACAGUGAUUUAAAUUUGGAGUUUCUUUUUUUUGUGUGUGUUCUGCAGAUUCUCUUAAUAUGAACUUUGCCAUUUAUUUCCAAUGUUACUCGGCAACUUUUCUGUUUGAAUUUUUGUAGUAUGAUAUUCAUAUUUUCUUUUUCAUUACUUUUUGGGAAGACCUGUAAUUCUUACAUUAUCCAUUUGCUGAUAUCAUCAAGUUAAGUAUUCUUGUUUUGUAGUCAUCUUUCAAUCUUGUUUUUAAAAUUUUGUUCUGUGAUUUUAUUUUCCGUAGAGGCAUUGUGGCCUAGGCAAUAAAGAACUAUUUUUAAAGCC